AAACCGUUUACGUCUGGAGUUCCGUUUCUCGCACCGAGUAGUGAAUCACUGGAAUUCUCUACCGGAACACGUAAUAUCAGAACCGUCUGUUAAUAUAUUCAAAACGAGAUUGGACCUCCACAGUAUUACAAACUGCAAGGAUUAAUAUAGGUCGACAGACCUCCUAUCCUUAUUACUGAAGACUGAACCCAGGUGUAAAGAUUACAAUUGAAGCCAAAUAGUUGUAGGACUGCUUUUUCAGAUUUUUGCCUUGAAAAAACCCAACAUUUAUCGUUCAUAAUGACUUUCCAAGAGUGGUGCACUCUGAAAAUAUCGAUAAAAUUUCACAAUGUCAGUCGAUUCACAUAUUGUAGAUUGAUCUAGACACAUUUACGAAAGGCAUCGUUGCAAUCUAUGUUCGCCUUUGGGUUGAAACUUUAUAAUGUUAUACAUGUCUCAAAAUGUUUGAAAAUAAUGUUAAACCAGAUGUUGAGAAUUUUGUAGAUAAAUAUAUCAACCCAAAGGCUUCUGGUAAUCGAAAUUAUAUUUCUGAUGACCUGGAAAUUAAUGAUUCGGAAAACAGAGAUUACUACGGCUUUUACCACCCGAAUGGUCUGACAAAAAGAGAGCGAAUAGUCGAAAGUAAAUAUCGGAAAAAUGAUAUUCGUCGUGUUGAUAAAUGGCUAAAGAUGAUUAGUAAGUGGGAAGAAGUUGAUUCUUUAUGGCAUCGUAUGUUCAAAAAUGGCAGAGCUUCGGAAAAGUUAACCCGAAGAAUUUUUAAAGGAAUUCCUGACCGAUUUCGUAUGACUGUUUGGCCCCUUCUUCUCUGUGUGACAGAUAUAAAAAAUAAAAAUAAAGAUAUUUAUGCGAAAAUGCUCAAACAAGCUCUAUCUUCUUCAGGUUCACUCAACCAAAUCGAUUUAGAUGUAAAUCGAACAUUUCGUAAUACAGUUUACUUUCAUGAUCGUUACGGUCCACGACAAUGUGCAUUAUUUCGUGUUUUAGCUGCUUAUUCAGUGUAUAACUCGGAAGUUGGAUACUGUCAGGGAAUGAGUGAGUUGGCCGGGUUAUUUCUUAUAUACAUUGAAGAUGAAGAGGAUGCAUUUUGGGCAUUGAAUCAACUGAUGACCAGUUAUCGAUAUAAUAUGCAUAGUGUAUAUGUCGCUGACUUUCCUGGAUUAAAACGUUUAUUUGCCCAUCAUGAACGUAUUGUUCGUAAAUUGUUACCCAUAUUGGAUAAACAUUUUACUAAACAUGAUAUGUUAACUAGUACAUAUGCUUUGAAGUGGUACAUGCAAUGUUUCUUAGAUAGAUUACCUGUUACCCUAGUACUUCGAUUAUGGGAUAUUUACUUAUUGGAAGGUGAAAAGCUACUCUUGGCUAUGGCAUACAACAUACUGAAAAUGCACAGUAAAAGAUUAUUACGAAUGGAUCAGAUGCAAAUGACAUCAUUUUUUCAAGAUGAAUUGGUCAAGGACUUUUUAUUCGAUGAUGAUGAUGUAAUUGAUUCACUAAAAGAUUGUUUAGAGUUAUUACAUAAGAAUAAAUUAGAUACGCCUCCGCCACUGACUUCCGAUAUGUUACCCAAACGACUUGGUCAGUUCAAUUCGGAUCCAAUUUGGCGCAAUCGUAAUGGAACAUUAAUGCCGAGAACAAAAACUGGAACCCUUAAAUCCCACACAGAAAGUCCUUCAUAUAUAAAACCACAAUUAAUAGAUCAACCCAGUUUCAAUGGGAAAUUACGUGCUCGAUUUUCUCCGACCUAUUUACCUAAAACUCUGUCAGUCAAUCCAAUUACUUUAAGCUCUGCCAGUGUAUCGCCCAUAGUUUCAAAUUCAUCAGGUUAUUCUCCUGGUCUUGCUACAUCUGCAUCAAUAUUAACUGUUGCUGCAAUGAAAAAUAGUGGCCGACUCUAUGUUCCAGCAGUCCGUUCUUCGCAAACAUACGGAACUGGUUCUAGUUACACAUUCAUAAGUAAUCAAAAGAUGAAGUUGGAUCAUAUUCCAUCAUCAAUGUCCGUAAUUCAUUCACCUUCUUUUAGUGUUGAUGAGAGCAUCUCUAGCAGCGUUAUAAGUAAUAAUGUUCUGAGUAUUCAACACCAAUCACCGUCAACAUCAAGUCGAUCUCUCAUCAAUUCUCCCGAUGAAAGUUAUGCUACUACAGGUGGUCGUCAUUAUCGUAUUCCGACAAGAUUAUCUCCUAGUUCCAAUCGUUCUAAAGUACUACAUCGUUAUGAAUUGGAUAACGAUAAAAAUAAUGGUAGUUUAUCUGUUGAGUCAAAUCCUGCAAUACAAAAAUCCUCACAACGACCUUUAUCAAGAUUUACACAGAAUAAAGAAAUUAUUAUUAACCGAACAAAUGUUGGGUAUAGUAGCGGUAUAACACAAAAACCGGAUAUCCCCAUCAUUUUAACAACUUCAUCAAUGACACCGUCAUCACGAAUAAAUCGGUGGACAAGUGAACAAAUUUUAUCAGUCAAUGUGAAUCGUCGCUCAUCAACUACUAGUUCUGAGAUAAGUCUUGAACAACCAUGGCAGAAACGUGAAAAGUCUCCGUUAAAAAUUGAGCAAAAAACAGUUAACAAAGGUGAUUAUUCUAGCACUGGUAUAAAUUCUUCCGUUGAUGGUGUAAUAACCAGAUUAGACGAAACAUUAAUGCCUCCUUCAUUGUCAACAACAGCCAACAAAUGGAAUAUACCUAAUCAUUCCAAUUAUCCAACUGUUGUUAACUCUAAUUUUCCCAUAAAUUCAUCAAUCUAUUCUCCAACCAGUCCUAAUUUAUCAACUGAAUCACAAGAUACAAAAUGUUCACAAACUGUACUUACCUCAUCAUCAGCAUCAUUGUCGCCAGUAACCAAAUCAAUUCAAAUUAUUCGCUCGCAAUAUGAUAAAAAUGAUAAGAGCGGUGUAGAUGGUUACUAUCGUUUUAAUGUUUCCAUGAAGAAACCAUAUCUGGAAUCAGUACAACCAAUAAAUGACUAUGUACGUCGUAUACCAUCAGUACCAAGGUCAAAAAUAAUCAUAAAACCAACUGAGAUCAUUAUGCCUGAUCCAAAACCAGUUUCUAAAGAUGUUAAUAAAAAAGUAAUUACAAUUCAGUCAUCGAAUUAAUCCGUACCGUUCUUUAAUGGUAAAUGGUCACAUAGUUAAUUCAACAACAAUGUAAUGUGGGUUAUUAUCCUGAAAACAUUCAAUUUGACGUCUUAUAAAUUACUUUACUAUACAACAUUCCUUAUAUAUAUACUCCAAUAAAAAACAUGUUUAUUUUGUUAUCUAUUUAUUUUUCUGUAUACACUCUACUGAAAAUUAUGCUCAUUUAUUGUUUUUGCACAAGCAUAUUGUGAUAUCUUGUGGAUUACAACAAUAUUAAUUGAUUUCGGUGUUAAUGACAUACAACAUCUGUAAAUUCUUUUACUCCCUGUUGAAUAAAACCGAUUCGUAUGUGGAACUCACUCACAGAAGACAAAGCUGGGCAAAUGGGUAGAGAGAGAAGUAUAAUAUUUCAACGAUAGAGAGAAAAGAAUCCUUUAAUCCAAUUAUAUUAUCUUUCUUCCCACACUAUUUUGAUAUGGUAUUUACUUAGAAUAUUAAAUAGUUAUAGUGCUUAUGAGAAAUGCAUGGAGGAAUUUCUUCCUAAUGAAUUUACUAUUAUUUGUAGUAAAUGAGUGCUCAAUUAAAAAACAAUCCGCUUAUUAGUAGUGAAAUGAAUCUUACUCAUCGAUAUUUUCUUAUUAGUCUUUGUUGUUGAUGAUGAAAUUUUUACGUUCUAUUUCCUGUCAUUUAUUUUCCUCCUCUUCUGAAUAUUAUUCUUGCCCCUCUCAUCUACCAGUACUAUCCACGUAAUUCUCUUGAUAUUUUGUAUUUUCACUUACUGAUUUCUAUUUUGUAGAUUAUCUUUCAUUCUAAAUAUCUUGUAUUUUUCAUUAUAACAACAGUAGUAUAAAUGUUGAUCUUCUACUCAUUGUGUAUAAUACAUCAAUUUACUGUGAUUCUUUUACUUGUCGAACUAAAUGAAACGACAACAUUCAUCAAUUCAUUAUUGGCGUUCUCUAUCAUUUAGUCCAUGUUUCUCCGUAUCCAUGUGAUAUAAAUAAUGGUGAAUUUGUUCGAAAUAUUGUAGUUGAUAAUAAUUACCUUAGAUGAUAUGUUUGAAACCGUUUUCUUUAUGUACUUUGGUUUGGGCAAAUCUCAUGUACAAUAGUAUAACUCAAUGUCAUUUGUUUAAAACUUUACUUCGUUACUGAUUCGAACACUUGCCAUCUUUUCAUAUUUUGUUAUCGUUAUUUAUAUAUUGAUUGGUAACCACAAUGACUGAAUUCCGCACGAAUACAUAUUGUGCAUAUAUGUUUACAUAUGUUCUCAUGCACUCGGUUUUUGUACAUUUAGAACUAUUCGUACUCAACUAAAAUUAAAACUAUGAUAUUAUUAUUAUAGUUUAGUAUUCAUUGUUAUCUAUGCAAUUUAUAUCCUUAUUUAUUCUAUUCAUCAUGUCAAACAGUAUGAUUUAAUAUAAUGUCCCUUAGUCUUUUAAGAAAUUUUAUAUGUUUAUCUGCUUAGAGUGUGUUUCAAUACUACCUGUUACUCAAUAGAUGCAUUAAAAUAAUGAACACACACAUGUUAGCUUAUUUUCGUGUUAGUAAAUUUUCAAUUCUAUUGUAACCCUGACAAUUACAAUCAUGGUAGAUUGACUCAUGUUUACAAAGCCACAAACUACAAUCAUUGAUUAACAUAAAUAAAAGUGUUGGGGAUUAUUCAUUUGUUUGUUGAUAACUGAAAAGAAAAGUAUCGUUAUUUUUAUUUUCCUAAUUUUUGUUCUUUUUUCAAAAAUACAGUAAACUAAUAAUUUCUCUUUUAUGCUAUUCUAUUAGACUUAAUAAAUAGAUAAAUGAUCCAAUGGUUCAAAUAAUCAAUCCUUAAUUAUUAAUUGAUAAUAUUUGGAAUUAUUAAAAUCAGAUAAGUGUAAUUUAUAUUUUUAAAGAAGAAAAAAAAGUAAAUAUAUUUAUGCUUCCUGUUAAAUGAUUGUUUAUUUAGAAAUAGAGAAAAGAAAAGAAUGGAUAUCUAAUUCACGAUUACGACGAAAUGUCAAUAAUGCAUAUUUGAUCAUAAACUGUGUAAUUUUCCACUUUAUAAUUAAUGAAUUGGAAUGUGAGACAACUAUCAUAUACAACUGACUUCUUUAUAUUAUUAUAUGAUUGUUUGAACAUGAAUUCUGUUAGCAAAUUAAUUUACGCGUUCAUAUGGUUGAUUAAAGAAUACUCUUUCGUAAAUAUAGGAUAUAUAGGGGAUACUAUAGCAAAGAUCCAAAAGAAAAAUAUUGGAAAGAAACGUUAUAUUUUACUUAUCUUUUAAACGUAGGCCGACUGAAAGAAAAACAAUAUAAGGUUAUGUUGAGAAGAAGAAACUCUUUAUUUGCAUUCUUUUGAUCCCAUGCAGUGAACUCAUCCUCAAGCACUACUUUGUUUGGCUGUCAAAAUAUAGGUCAAUCCACAGCUCAAUUUCGAGGCGCAUCAUUGUACUUCCUCUUCAAAACCAGUCAUGAUAAUAUAGAUGAACUACUAUGAAGUAUGAAUAGAAAACCUAUGCACCUCAUGGACUAGCAAUCCCCCUAUUUAAGCCUGAACUGUGCUUAAUCUAUCAUUUAAUCCCCCUAAUAUUCGACAUUUGAAAAUUACCUUUUACUAGCAUUUGGUGAUGCUUCCCAUCUGUUGAGCAAUUGUUGUUAGCACCUUCAAACUUUUUUAUCAAUGUCAUGAUUACUACAUUAUUUUUAUGUUCGUCAAGUUGACACUUAUCUUGCAUACGUCUCAUUUAUGUUUCUUACAAUUCAUUUUACAAAAAACGUUGAACAAACAUGUGAAUUUAUUCUGAUACUUGAAAUUUCAUAGCACUUUAUAAAAAUUAUUGUUUUGUUUCCAAAUAAUGUUCUACAUAUAUUAAAUAAUUAAGCACAAUUAUAUACCGUUAAGAAUGGCUAUCGCUGGAGUAAAAGCUUUCCUUGCCGAUUAGUCGGAAUUUUUUGUAACGAUGACAACAAAUUUCUUUCGUUCUAUAAAUUUCACCAUAAUAAUAUAUAUUAUCGGUAAUCACUAGGUUAAAUUUGAUACGGUUAUACGAGAAAGGCAUUUGUUUAAAGCUAUUUGAAUUACGAUAUUAAAAUUACAUUGAAAUUAGCUCUUUAACUAAACCUAU